UUGCAAACUCCUCACGCCCACCAUAUUGCAAUGGCUUGAACAUGUCCUCAAGUGAUGAAACAACGACUUUGUACUAUAUUCGUCAACUGAAAAAAUCAAUGCAAAGACUGGAAAAGCGUGUCAAAAAGCAAGGAAUAAGUAUCAUAAAACUGAAUAGGUCAAUGCAAAGAAUGAGGAAGCUUUUAAAAAGGAAAGGAACAAGUCUUUUGAAGUUGAAAAGGAAGCUAAAAGUCCGUUGUGGUUCAGAUUUUGAUACUUCUAGUUCAGAUGGUUCAGAAAAAUCAGAUUCAGAAGAAGAGUUUGAUAUUCAGAAUACUAAUGAGGGUGAUGUUGCUACUUCAACCGCACAUUAAGUGAUGACAUUUGAGAUUCCUUAAUCAAAAGUUUUGCUUCAGUAAAAGAUAGAGGGGCUUACUGUAAUACUGAAGUUGGAGAGAUUAAGGGUUGAUUUGGAUAUAUUGAUGUAAUACAAUAGACAUUAAGGGUUGAUUUGGAUAUAUUGAUGUAAUACAAUGGAUAUGGAUUAUGGAGUUAAG